UCAGAAACAAGAGGAGCAUGAAUACUGUCGGCUGAUAAUACAAUCCUACGUAAAGCGCCCUUUUUUUUCGUUUUGUUUUUUCUUUUUCUUCUUUACAAUCUCGACCAUGAAACAAAAAAUUGUUCAAGAACAAUUAAAUUCAAAUAUAACGAAUCCUUCUGCACCCCACGACCAAGACCUGCUUUCGCUAGACAAUGAAGACUGGUCUACUUCUGAUUUUAUAUCAGAAAAUGACUUUGACAUGAUUGAAAUGCUCUCUGUGGCUCUCGACCAAAUCACCAACCAAAUUGAAGAAAAACAGCGUGAGUUUAUCAGCAAAUCUAGCCAGUGGACAAACAAGACACGCGACUCAAUCAAGACGCAGACAAAGAAACUCGAGGAUCAAAGAUCACGUAUUCAAGAACGCCUAGUACAACAAUACCACAAGAUUGAUAAGCGUAUGAAUCGUGAUGCAAAGACAGUCCAGUUGCGAGACAAGAUAUCGUUUGUGGUGGGGGUCGGAAAUGCCUGUGUUGCACCCGCAUUGGCACUACGUUAUCCGAGUCUGAUACCCUCUUAUUACAGUGUCGAAUUGAUCAUCUUGUUGGUAUUGCGAACUGUUAUUUAUCGCUCUAAAAGAUGGCACUACUUUAUUUUUGAUCUGUGCUAUUUUGUGAAUGCCAUGACCAUGCUGUUCUUGUGGUUGUAUCCUAAUUCGCUCGGUUUGUUUUAUGCUUCUUAUUUCCUUACUAAUGGGCCUGUGGCAUGGGCUAUCAUCACAUGGAGAAAUUCACUUGUCUUUCACUCAUUGGAUAAGGUCACAUCUGUCUUCAUUCACAUAUUCCCUCCUUUGGUUAUGUACUGUAUACGCUGGAUGCCUGAAUUACAGCGCGAUAUGUAUUGUGAUAAUCAACCAUUUGUGAUUGCUUAUCGUGCUACUCGAUACCCAGCACUCAGUACACCUUCUAUGCCUAGUCUAUAUGAUGUAAUGGUGUAUUCGACAGUUGCUUACAUUAUCUGGCAAUCUCUUUAUUAUUUAUUCAUCAUGGUCAGAAGAAAGGACAAGGUUGAGUCUGGACUCAGACUGACUUCGUACUCAUGGUUAUUAGAUGACUCACAUGGCAGAAAGGGGUUUAUUCAGAAAGCAGCCUUUAUUUUUGGUCCCAAGUGGAAAUUGGAAAUGUUCAUGCUACUACAACUUGUAUACAAUGUGGUGACUUCUUUGCCUACCUACUUUUUGUAUCGUUAUUUCUGGUUGCACACCAUAUUUUUAGUAGCCAUGUCUGCUGUGAGUGUAUGGAAUGGUGCAAACUAUUAUAUUGAAGUGUUUUCAAGAAGAUACAUUUCAGAAAUAGAAAAAAUUAAAGAAAAGCAAAAACAAUAAAAAACA